AUGGCUGAAGAAUUAGUCAAAUAUUAUGAGCAGAAAUUUCAAUUUCAACAUGUUUCAAUUGAAGAUUCUUUACUUAGUGAUAUUCCAGAAGUAAUCACUCAAGAAGAUCAAGAAAUGCUUGAUAAGCUCCCAGAUGAAAAAGAAAUUAAAUCCAUAAUCUUUGACAUGGAUCCUGAUAGUUCACCAGGACCAGAUGGAUUCUCGGGUUGUUUUUAUAAAGCUUGUGCUAAAUCUCCAAAUAAGUUCAGACCAAUUGGUCUAAGCAAUGUAAGUUUCAAAAAUUUUACAAAGAUUAUCACUGCAAGGUUAAGUAAUCUAUUGGUAAAGUUAAUCUCUCCACAACAAGCAGCAUAUGUGAAGGGUAGAUGUAUUCAAGAGCAAAUAAUGUUGGCUUCAGAAUUAGUAAAUGAAAUAAAGAAAAAAAGAAGGGGUGGAAAUAUUGGUCUUAAGCUUGAUAUAUCUCAAGCAUAUGAUUCAGUAAGCUGGGAGUUUCUUUUUCAAGUUUUGCAGAAAUUUGGUUUUCUAGUUCUUGGUGUGAUUGGUUGCAUACUCUAUUUAAAUCGGCUAAACUCUCAGUUCUUGUUAAUGGUGGCCCUUGUGGAUUCUUCUCAGUGGAUAGGGGCUUGA